AUGCUGGCUACACAACACGUCCCAGACCCAGCAAUGAGGGAUCUGGAGCAAGAGCUCGCGCGUACCAUGGCGCGAGCGUAUGACAGCAAUCGCCAAGCACGUGAGGGCUUUUUCCAUCUCACUCGGCGCAUGGACAACGACGAGGAUGACCAGUUCGAUGUCGACCAUACAAUCCUAGACUUUCUGGCCUACAAGGCGACAGCUACCGUGUUCGAAUGGCAGGCCUGUGAGAACAGGUGGGAGCGUGACCUGCCCAACGCUCUGGUCACCAUGACUGCUGAGUGGAGGUUUUUCAUGUCAAACGUCCACCAAGGCCGCCGCCUCAGCAGUCUGGCAACUUUCCGUUCACGACUCCUGCAGUUCUCACUCUUGUUCACCCAUCGCUAUCACCCAUCACAAACAUGGACGAACAAGGAGUCUCUCCAAAGACUGCGCGAUGUAAACGACAGUCGACGUCAACUGUGGCAGAACGCACACAGCCCCGACGAACCGGCUUGCACGAAAAGCCCACUGUCAGACAAUGAACUAGAGUCCGUUCGAAGGCGCCGUACAACGGCUUUGGGCCUACCCUCAAGCUUCCGCCUCGACAUGUGCAGCGAGAGGGGUCGGCCCUCACUCCACGAACUGCUUCCGUUGUUCGUGGAGCUCACUGCUGCACGCGCGAAUCUUGGUGAUGAUUGGCAGCCUACGUCGGAUUGGUUUGAAUUGGCUGGCCAAUUUAUGCUACAGGCUGUCAUCGAUCGACAUCUCGUUGAUCGGGAAUGCCAACCAGCAGCGAUUAUAUCCAUCUUCGCGUUUGGCAGCGUGGGUGCUGAGCGUGAAGACGGCGAAGGAACUGACAUCACAGCCAUGCGAAGGUUGUUCUGCAGAGAAAACCAACCAACUGAAGAGCUCCCGGAAUGGACAGCCAUCCGGCGUCGAUACAUCAGAGAAGUGGCAGCCAUACGUACUUUUGAAAAGAUCGAAGACGACCAUUCAUACAUCGAGUUUCAAGAAAACCUGCUCUCAUUCCUGCAACAUCUGCACGAUAGCACUGUCAAACCUGAUCUGGUACAAGUCGAGGAAGGACGUAUCAACAUCGAUGGCAACGAGCUUUCCGAAAAGGAAUCAAGAGACAUGAUCCGGCGCAUGAGGCUUUAA